AUGUCAUCUGUGGCUGUAACAGACAAAGAAGAUGAAAUACUAGACCGCCAAGAACAUCAUGAAAAGGGUGCUCCUCCAAGAUAUGUUGGUUUUAUAGCUGGGAUGUUUUCUGGAGUAACCAAGAAUGCCGUGGGUCAUCCCUUUGAUACUAUCAAAGUACGAUUACAAACAUCUGCAAAGGGAAGAUUCAAGGGACCAAUGGAUUGUGUAUGGCAAACUUUAAAGAAUGAAGGUCCUAAAGGUUUUUAUAAAGGUUUCACUCCUCCAUUGAUUGGAUGGGUAUUAAUGGAUUCAGUCAUGUUAGGUUCAUUACAUGUUUAUAGAAGAAUAGUUCAUGAACAAUUAUACCCUGAAGAAAAGAAAUUACCUUUAUUUGGUCAUAUAAUUGCUGGUUUAGGUAGUGGAUGGACGGUAUCGUUUGUAGCGGCCCCCAUUGAACAAUUCAAAGCAAGAUUACAAGUUCAAUAUGAUGCUAAAUCUAAAGUUUAUACUGGUCCGUUAGAUGUAGCUCAAAAGUUAUAUAAAGUAUCAGGAAUACGAGGCAUCUAUAGUGGAUUAUUAUCAACCAUGAUCUUUAGAACAAAUUUCAUCUUUUGGUGGGGAUCAUAUGAAAUAUUUACGGAAUGGUUUAAAAAUAAUACUAAAAUGUCAAAUCCUUCUAUAAAUUUCUGGGCUGGUGGGUUAUCAGCAACCGUAUUUUGGAUCUUUGCUUAUCCUGCUGAUGUGGUUAAACAAACUAUAAUGACUGAUAGUCCUAUACGAUCAGAGAAAAAGUUUCCUCGUUGGAUAGAUGCUGUUAAACAUAUCCAUAAGGAAAGAGGAUUGAAAGGGUUUACAAGAGGGUUUGGUCCUUCGAUCUUAAGAUCAUUCCCGGCUAAUGCAGCUGCUUUAGCCGCGUUUGAAGCUUCUAUGAGAUUUUUGCAUUAA